AUGGCAGCACAACCACAAUCGCCUGAAGAAAUUGAACAAUUUUCGAUGUUAUGCUGUACAUAUGACAAACAAUUUAAUGCGACAAUCUCAUCAUCGAUUGAAAAUGGGCUACAAAAUAUAACGAAUUUCAAAUUGCAAAAUUAUAUCUUAUUAAUACAAAGAGUGGGUGAGCAUUUUCUUAACGAUGAUGGAAUAAUAUUGGGAAGCAAUUUAGAUAUUGAUCGAAUUCCGAAACGACCGGAACGUUAUGAUGACAAUUGUCGCAAUUUACGUCGCUAUGUUAAAGCUGAAGAAUGGGAAAAAGCGCUUAGUCGUAUUAAACAGCAGGAUUUUGUACAAUUGGAUAUUGAUUUGAAUCGAAUUGUUUUUAAUUAUCAUUGGUUAUUUGGACAGGAAGAUCUGCUAUGCAGUACAAUUCAAAAUUUGCAUAAAAUGCAAUCAGUUCGAAUGCAGGAAGCAUUGCAAUUGCUGAAAGAAGUUGAAAUGGAAGAAAAAGUAUUACGUAAAGGAAGAAUUUUACAAAAAAAUGAAAAAGAAAAGAAACAAUCCGAUGAUCAAAUGAAUGUUAUAGAGAAAUUAGAAUUAUUUGAUGAACUACGUGGUAUUCCGGUUUAUGUAUUGGAUAAUAGUAAUGAUAAUGAAUCGAAUAAUCCGUUACCUAAGGAUGAAACUGAUCGGAUUAAUUAUUUGCAAAAAUGUCGUUUGCAAUUACAGAUCGAAUUUAACAAUAUUAUUGUAUGCAGAACGUUGUAUCAACGAAUUGAUAGCAAUUUUCAAGCUUAUUUUGGACAAAUUUAUAAUUUACAGGUACAAGAAAUACCUAAAUCCAUAACAAUAACAAUUUUUGAGAAAGUACCAAAGAUAGAAGCUCGUAAAAUUGCAAUUGUUGGUUUACCAUUACCAGAUGAAGAUAAUGUUACUGAUGGACGAAAUAUUGUAAUACCAGUGGAAUUUGCUAGUGAUUUAAUCAUAAAUGGGAUGUAUUCUAGUCUUGGUUCUGGUAGUCAUAGACCAUGUAUAUCUGGUGAGUUAUACUGUAAUGCUUCAUGGGCUAAACAACAGAAUAUGUUUAUGUCAAAUAAACCUCAACGAUAUCCAAUAUUUACACUUCAACAGCAGCAAGCAUCCAUUGAUACAGCAAAUAACUUUGAUCUGAUACCUAAGGAAGUUCGAUUAUGUUCUGAUGAAGAGUUUGAUAAUGAUAUCAGAUUGAAAGCGUUACAAAUUCGUAAUGAACAAAAAACAGGCGUUAAAAAACCAAUUCCAUUAUUGAAUUCAGAAAUUGAGCAUCAUAAGAUUGCACCAAAUCGUAUAACAAAUCAACAUAAUUACAAAACAAAAAUUGAUCGAUAUCGAAAUAUUGGAAAUCAAUAUGCUCUUAUGAUACGGAAUCGUUUUUAUGAACAAGCAAUACGUGAGCGAAAUUCGAAGAUGAUAAAUGAUUUAGUACAUGAAGAACCACUUCCGAAAUUUUUUGGUACAUUUGGUGCUUUUCCAUUUAGUUCUACCGAAAUAUCACGAAAAUUAAAACCAGCAAGACGAGCGAAAACUAUACGGAAGGUAGCAGGUGAUGCGGAAUAUCAUCUUGUGGUCAAUAUUCAUUCAGCAAUAAACCUUCCGGAACCUGAACAUGGAAAGCUACUAUCAUUUGUUGAGGUUUCAUUCCAGGAUUCAUUAGCGCAAACAUCAAUAUCUAAUGGACGAAAUCCAUAUUGGCAACAAACUCUUGAACUGAAAUUAGAUCGCCUUCGUACAGCUAAUAAUGAUUUUAGCGCAGUUACAGAAUGUAUAAAAAUUGCAGUCUACAAUCGGCUGGUCACUGAACUUGAUGCUGAUGAUCGUGAACCGAAUUCAGUACAUAAACAAUUGGAACGACGAUGGUUAGGCUCUGUUUUCAUACCAUUAACAACGGUUUAUUUCAAUGGCAAGAUAGAUGGAUAUUUGCGCCUUCAAACACCACUUUUUCUUAGUUCCUAUAGGAUUAAUAAUCAGCCAGCAUAUCUCAAAUUACUGAUAGCUUUUCAACCAGAUAUAUGUCCACCACAAAUUGUUAACAUCAAAUAUUCAAGCAUUGAUGAAUCAAAUGCUAUACGAAAGAAAUCCUUAGAAUGGGAACAAAAUGCUAAAAAUCGUUUCAUAUAUCGUCGUUAUGUUAGUAUUGUACAAAGUGCUACUGGCAAACGAAUAUUAGCAUGCAGAUUUAUCCGACCAAUUAAACCACCGAUCAACUUAUCAGGUCAAUCAUCGCAAGCCCUAGCUCGUAUUGCAUGCCAAAUGGUUUCCUACAUACCAUUUACUCCUGAUUCCAUUAUCUCUUCAGGAUUCUGUGAUAUCUGGAUCACUGCUGAUCGGUUUCUAUCAAUCGGUUGUGGAGCUAUGGACGAGCAUGCUAUACUGCUAUGUUGUUGGUUGCUAUAUCUUGGCAUAAAAUCAUAUGUCCUCUUUGGAAAAUCGCUACCAGAAGGUUUUCGAUCAGCUCAUGUAAUGGCAAUGGUUGCGGAUGGCACCCUAAUUUUAAAUCCAUCUGAUGGUAACUGUUAUAGACUAAAUGAUCCACUCUGUCCUAUCAGAUCUAUUGGUACCAUUGCUUGCGUCGGAAAUUUAUAUGCAAAUAUUCAAAAACAUGAACAUCCAACUGAGCUAGAAAUUACGGACAAUAUCGAACAAGUGAGAGAUGCUCUAUUACCACUACGUAAUUCAUAUCACGUAAAUGCCGUUGCUUUCCGCCAUCGGUACAAUACAACGGAUGAAAUUAUCGAAAAAGUACUUGCACUCAAGAUACAUGAAAAUACUGAUCAAAGUGUUCAGUUUGCAUUUGCCGUUCAUUUACAACCAUUUGUUAACAAUAUUUUAUCAUGUUCUGUUGCAGUUGCUGCAUUAAAACCAUUGAUAAAGUGAACUUCCUUUCUGAUAAUUGCAAAAGUAAGCAUUUCAUCCUACAUGC